UCCGCUGCCACUGAUGUGGUCGCCGAUGAGGGUCGGUGUGAGCAGGCUGGCAAAGCCUUGAGAUCCCGCCCGGCGAUGCAGAACCAGGGUGGUGUGCAGAUCUCUAGUUCUACCUCCGCGGCUCCGAGUCCAGCUUAGUAACUAGCUUCCGCCAUCCAUCAAUUCGCGCUAUUGGGCAUCUCGCGAGCGCCAGCCGGGCGGGCGCCAGCAUGCAUCUAGCGGCAGACGGCAGCGGGCCCUGAGCUCGAUUGCAUGCAUAAAAGAACUAGGCUGGUGAAGGAUAGGGGGCCAGACGGGCGCAUUUAUUAGAAGAGCGGGGCGUUUUCAUAGAUGUAAACACAUAGGCCAGGCGGAGCAGAGAGCAGGAAAACACCGCAGCAUCCACAGAAGGCGGGACGCCCGCAAAAGGGCGCGGCGAAGCCACCGUUGCUUGCCCGGGGCGGGGCUGCGUCGGGGGCGGGGCCAGCUGCGGGCCCGCCUCUCGGAAUCCCAGACCCGCGAGUUCCGGGCCGAGGCCUGCCAGACCCGACCGGGUACCUCAGGUCGGACCGCCCAGGGGCGUGCUCCCGGAAGCUGCCCGCCAGCGGGUGGCGUGAAAAACUAUGGCUACCGGGGUGAUGCUGUGUGCUGCGCGGGCUCUGCGGCCUCGGAGCUGAUCUUUAUACAUACCCUUCUCUCCUUCAGGAUCCCUGGAACCUGCCAGGCACACGUCAGACACACCCACCAGAGAGCUUCCUUACUGGCCUUCUGGGAUCUCAUCCCCAUGAGAGCAGAACCUCUGCGGAAGAAGAAGAAGGUAGACCCCAGAAAGGAUCAAGCAGCAAAGGAUCGCUUGAAAAAGAGGAUCCGAAAACUGGAAAAAGCCUCCCAAGAACUGAUUCCUAUUGAAGAUUUUAUUACCCCUGUGAGGUUCUUGGAUAAAUCAAGACAGCGACCUCAGGAGGAGCAUUCACCUGAGGAGAGUGAACGGAGAGCUCUUCUGCUGAAGAGGUGGGCACUGUUUAAGCAGCAGGAGCAUGAGAUGGAGAGGGACGCCAUCAGAUCCAUGCUAGAAGCCCAGCAGGAAGCCCUGGAGGAGCUGAAACUUGAAUCUGCAGAGCUCUAUGCCGAGGCCAUAAAGCGGGAUACCAGCCUAUUCCCCUUCGAGAAAGAAGGGCCACAUUACACACCACCUAUCUCUAACUACCAGGCCCCUGAAGGCAGGUACAAUGAUAUCACCAAGGUGUACACACAAGUAGAAUUCAAAAGAUAAGAGACUGAAAACUGCUGUCCUGGGAACAUGCUGGCCCUAGGAGUCUGGAGUAGAGAUCUAAAGUCUACUUUCCACAGACAAGUGAGUCAUCCUAGGAACAAAUAAAGGGUAAUCAAGAGUAUCUGUCUUUUGUUUUGUUUUUUUCAAGUCAGGGUUUCUCUGUGUAGUCCUGGCUGUCCUGGAACUCACUCUGUAGACCAGGCUGGCCUCGAACUCGGAAAUUCACCUGCCUCUGCCUCCCAAGUGCUGGGAAUAAAGGCAUUCGCCACCAUGCCCGGCUGUCAUUUAUUGUAAUCAACAAAUAAAGGGUAAUCAAAAGUA